AUGGAGAAUGUGCUCUCAGGCAUAACGAAAGCAUUGAAUUCCAUGCAAACAAUGCGGCCCAUCCGGUAUGAUCCCAAUGAGGAUUGGUCUGCCGCUGUCGCACCUAGAAAUCCUCCCGAGAGCAGUUUUUCGAGCGUACGUUGGGAGAAUAUCAGGCCUUUUCCGGCAGGAGUAGCGGCUAACCAGAUGUGGGAGGAGUGGAAUCGCUACAUUGAAAACUUUGAAAUGGCAGCGACCCUCAGCAAUGCAAACGAUCCUGUGAGACGGUCACAAUUGUUGUUCCUUUCGAUGGGAACCGAAUUACAAGGCAUCGUGAGAGCCGCCAAGCUAAGGCCGAGCCUGACCGAUGCAAACUGCUACCAAAAGUUCGUGGCCAACAUCGGUAACUAUUUCCAAUCCAUGACUGAUGCAUCUGCAGAGCACGAAGCAUUUUCUAACAUGAAACAGUUGAAGACGGAGAAUGCUGUGGCGUUUCAUGCCCGCCUGAUGGCAAAAGUUCGGCUGUGUGGAUACAGCCCCACCGACCACGACAGAUUUGUGCGAUCGCAGCUUUUAAAGGGAUUGAGAAACAAGGACUUGGUUAGGGCCGCAAGGACCUACGGACACGACACCAAUUACAUUGUACAGGCAGCAACCCGGGACGAGGCCUACGAAGCGGAGACAACGACCCCUGAUAACAAGGAAUCGCUGGCAGUUAACCGUGUACACCGAACCACCUCAGUACAAGAUUCGAUAAAGAAACGUUCGAGAGCAGACAACGGAGGGCCACAACCAAAACGGUCACGGACCAAUCAGUACGCGGAACGACGAUCCACUCAGGACCGAGGACGUCGUAGUCGUUGUCGACGAUGCAAUGGUCGAACGCAUUCCAAUUUGCCAUGUCCAGCUUUGAGCCGAAACUGCAAUUUUUGUGGUGAACAAGGUCACUACGCAAUCACUUGCCGUCGAGCCCACGUUCGGCAGGUCCAGGUCAAAAGUAGUGCAUCACCUACACGAGAAGACGAUGAUCAGAUGGACCAAACACAGUACGUAAACGCGCUAUCCCUUGCAGACGUUUUAGUGGAAUGUUGUAUUGGCUCGUCUAGUCCCAUCCAAAUGCUUAUCGACUCCGGCGCGGACGUUAACGUUAUCGGGGGUAAAGAUUGGCUUCGCCUUGAGCAAGAGUACAAGGAAGGCAGGAUUGGCCAAUCUCAAGUUUGUUGA